AUGGUCAAGCACGUAUUUCAGGUGCAGCUCAUUAAGGAUGCAAAAGCUAGUCUCCUAGAUCUGUUGACAGGUAGGCCAGUAGAAAUAGACAAGAUGACAUGUUUGGACACUGAUUUUCGGUGCAAAAGACGUCUCGCAGGGGGUAUUAAAAGUAAACAUUGCGUUCAAGGUGUGCGCAUUGAAGUCAGAGGAAUAGAUAAAAUGACACUAGUGGGUGAACACAAGUGGCAAGACCAAGCUGGUGGAGAAAAGGGGGAAAAGAGCCGCCCACUUUCAUAUUGA